AAAGGGAGGGAGGGAGGGAGGAGGCAGGCCAGAGGGAGGAACCGCCUCAGAGGCAGAAGCGCCGCGAGGAGCCAGCCGAGCACCGCGGGCUGGGGCGCAGCCACCGCUGCUCCUCACGCCCCCUCGCCUCUUCCCCUUCGCUCCCCCGGGCAGCCUCCAGCGUCCGUCCCCAGGCAGCAUGGUGAGGUUUGCUGUCGGGCCCUCGCCACCAUGUACGUGAGCUACCUCCUAGACAAGGACGUGAGCAUGUACCCCAGCUCCGUGCGCCACUCUGGCAGCCUCAACCUGGCCCCGCAGAACUUCGUCAGUCCCCCGCAGUACCCGGACUACGGCGGCUAUCAUGUGGCGGCUGCGGCGGCCGCGGCCGCGAACUUGGACAGCGCGCAGUCCCCGGGGCCGUCCUGGCCCGCCGCCUACGGCGCCCCGCUCCGCGAGGACUGGAACGGCUACGCGCCGGGGGGUGCAGCGGCCAACGCCGUGGCGCACGGCCUCAACGGGGGCUCUCCGGCCGCCGCCAUGGGCUACAGCAGCCCCGCCGACUACCACCCGCACCACCACCCGCACCACCACCCGCACCACCCGGCCGCCGCGCCUUCCUGUGCCUCGGGGUUGCUGCAGACGCUCAACCCUGGCCCUCCAGGGCCCGCCGCCACCGCCGCCGCCGAGCAGCUGUCCCCCGGCGGCCAGCGGCGGAACCUGUGCGAGUGGAUGCGGAAGCCCGCGCAGCCGUCCCUCGGAAGCCAAGUGAAAACCAGGACGAAAGACAAAUACCGAGUUGUGUACACGGACCACCAGCGGCUGGAGCUGGAGAAGGAGUUUCACUACAGUCGGUACAUCACCAUCCGGAGGAAGGCUGAGCUGGCUGCCACGCUGGGGCUCUCCGAGAGGCAGGUUAAAAUUUGGUUUCAGAACCGCAGAGCGAAGGAAAGGAAAAUCAACAAGAAGAAGUUGCAGCAGCAGCAGCAACAGCAGCAGCCGCCGCAGCAGCCACAGCAGCCGCCGCCUGCACCACAGCCUGCCCAGCCACAGCCAGGUCCUCUGAGAAGUGUCCCGGAGCCCCUGAGUCCUGUGUCUUCCCUCCAAGGCUCGGUGCCUGGCUCUGUCCCUGGGGUUCUGGGGCCAACCGGGGGGGUGUUAAACCCCACUGUCACCCAGUGACCUACAGUGGCCUGCAGCAGCAGAGCAAUUCCAGGCUGAGCCAUGAGGAGCAUGGACUCUGCUAGAAUCUUCAGGAGAGACCCCUCCCUUCCCACCCACAAAUGUACACCAACUUACCCAGCUCUCAGAGAAAAACUGGGGGCCAGGAGUAAAGACAAGUGGGGUUGGAGGCCUCAAGGAAGACAUUCUCCCAGAUUUUGACUUUUUCCGGUCUGACUCUUUCUGUCCCCGAGGAGAGGGUAAAUGAUGGGGGCUUCGUUUGGUACUGGCAGAAGCAAUGCCUAGACUGGCUAAACAGACCAGGUUUCCAGCCCCCACCUCCCCAGCUCUUUGCCUCCAAACUCUGCAGGAUGCAUCUCUGGUGGGAGCUGAGCAGAGAGGCACUCCAGGUAACGCCAAUGCUUGGAGCCAAGAUGGCUACUGCCUGCUCACCAUCCAAGGACCAGCUGGCCCCUCCUGCCUCAAGGGCAGGCAAGAUUUAAACUGCAGAAGCCAGAGGCAGCUAAGAUAGAAACCUGGACCUACCAAGGACUGCAGAACCCCCAGGUCUUUGUCUUUCUUCUCUUCCCUGCCCAGACCAGGAAAGGCUUGGCUGGUGUAUGUGUGCUGUAUGGUGUGAGGGGGUGGUUAUUGGACUCCAGGCCUGACAAGGGGGCCCAGGACAGAGCCUUGUUUAGAAAGCCUGUCACCAGAGCUUCUCUGGGCUGAAUGUAUGUCAGUGCUAUAAAUGCCAGAGCCAACCUGGACUUCCUGUCCUUUUCACAAUCUUGGGGCUGAUGAAGAAGGGGAGUUGUUGUUGUUGUUGUUGCUGCUGUUUGGGUUGUUGGUCUGUGUAACAUCCAAGCCAGCUUUUAAAAAGCCUCUGGCUCCACGGGGAGAGAAGUGAUAUGGUGAAGGGAAGUGGGGGGUAUUUGAACACAGCUGAAUUUUUUCUAAAAAGAAAAAGAGAUAAACGAGCUUUCCAGAUUUCA